AUGAUGAAAAGUGUGAAACAUAUGGUGGAAUACUUGGUGAGGAGGAGCAGGGUGUUGCUAUAUCAAGGUUACUAUGAUUUGGUGUUUGGUGUGGUCGAAGCAGAGGUUUGGGUGAAGACAAUGAAAUGGGAAGGGAUUGUGGAGUUUCUGAAUGCUGAAAGGAAGAUAUGGAAGGUGAAUGGAGAGCUUGCAGGGUAUGUACAAAAAUGGAAGUCUCUCACCAAUGUUGUGGUUUUGGGAGCUGGACAUCUUGUGCCUCCUGACCAGCCUCUUAAUUCUCAAGCUAUGAUAGAAGAUUGGGUUUUGGAAAGGGGUUUGUUUCAAAACUUCUAUGAGGCGAAUGUAUCAAGUAAGUCUAUAUUUGUUGAAUAA